AUGAGGACAGUUCAGCAAGGAUUCAUCGAAGUUGCAGGGCGUUGCGCCGAGUACUUAUUCGCACAAAUCUACAACCACAGCUCCAAGACAAUCCCUCUACAACAUCCGGUGGAACCAACUUAUGAAUCCCUUCCUCUAGCCUCUUCAAACGAAAUGAAAGAAAUUCCUAUCUUUAAUGCGCCCUCUUGGCAGAAUACAACUUUGGUCUACGAACCGAUUGGGUGUGAAAUAGGCUUGAAUAGAACUUGGGGAGACGUAGUCAUCGCCCAGGCCCAACAGAUUUGGAUGAGCCAGUUUAACUCAGUCAACUAUCGUCUCGAGGCGAACGUUACCUUAUCUGGGCCGGAAAUCAUUUUGUCGUCUGACUGUGCCGAGAAGUGCCUGAGCAGCAUCUACAAAUCGAAGUGUAAUGGAUUCAUGUUCAACCCAAGACGGCUCAUCUGCGAGCUCCAGCUGGUGCCGGACCCUUUCACGUGGAAAGACAUGCAUACAGACCAAUACCUAAGCGAGCAUAAGCAAGCGUACAAAGUGAAUAUUAUGAACAGGUUCAACGGCAUUGGUACAAUUUUCCGCGAGCCCAACGACACAACGGGGCUGGUCCCAGAAUCACAAAUGACCGCAGAAAGGUGUGCUCUCAAAUGUCUGCCCGGUCCUCUACUCACAGACUGCUUGGGCUUUGACUUGUGCCCUGGACCUACAUGCUAUCUACUCACGGAUCCUGGCAAGAUCACCGAAGAAACAGUCUACCCACAAUCGGAGGAAAACUCUACAGCUUGCAAGCGGUAUACACACGAUGUCUCGAAAGGGUUUAAAACACCCAUCACACUGAACGAAAUGUCCUUGGACGGCCUUCUUGUCUACGAAAAAAUGGGCCUAACCGAAUGCGCGUCUCGGUGUCUUCAGGAGUUUCCAAACGACUGCAUAGGUUUCAUGCUCUGCCCUCAUGCAGAGAAAGAGGAUUUCAGCGAGGAUUGUGUCGUGGUGAGGCUGUCGAACAAAUUGGUCUACGGACGGGGACAUGGCGACAAGCGGUGCGAUUACUUUGAGUGUAAGGCCAACUCUUCAUUCAUCUUGUGA